GGAAUGCAGCUUGCAGAGAUCAGCGACAUACCUGAGUUAGUACUGAUUUGAUCUACAGCUUGCGUAUUGAUGUAACUAUGUUGCAACCAAGGCGACGCGGGGCAUGGGCCAUGGCGAUCGCUCUAGCUGCCACUGCUGGGCUGCUCCUUUGGUGUGCUUUUCACCUACAUUACGAUGUCCUUCGUUCCCAACAAGCAUGCGACACGACUUACAUGUACCCACUGUACAAGCGAGUCGACAUGCCCACCGACAUCCUGGAUAAGGAUGUUGCCAUUACCGGCAACUCCCUUGCAGCCGACGGAUACGCACAUGACCCGCAAUACCGCCGUCAUCAGCAGGAGCAGCAGUCUACUCAGGUGGAGCUCCCGCCCUGGGCUCAGGAUGUUGCAGAAGCAGCAGGCCGGUUGAAGGCAGCAGCAGGGGCGCUCAGCCAGGUUCAAUACGGGCUUUGGCGAUACAUUGAAGAUGACAAGACCUCACCGGGCUCCCAAGGCGCCAGCGGCGGCUCGGCCCGGCUGGCGCUGCCGGUGCUGUUCAUUCCGGGUCACGGCGGCUCACACGAAAUGGCUCGCUCGCUGGCCUCCGAAACCGCUCGCCAGCUCUCCCGCCAGCUCGCCGCCUCCCCCCUGGGGCCUGCCACCGCGGCCUCCGCUGCGGCCUCCCUGGAUUGGUUCCUGCUGGGGCUGGAGGGGGAGUGGUCGGCAUUCGAGGGGGCUACACUGGAAGCCCAAGUUCGCUUCACCCUGGCAGCCAUGCGCUACAUCGCCAGGACCUACAACAUCACCACAGCUGGCGAAAGUAACAGCAAUUCCAUUAGCAGCAGCAGCAAUUCCAUUAGCAUCAGCAGCAGCAACGCAGCAGCUGUUGCCCCCCGCCCCCCUCGCGCCCGCCAGCUGCACCCGGGGAUGCUGGUGGUGGGGCACUCCAUGGGCGGAGUGGUGGCGGCGGAUGCAGUGGCACGGGCCGC